AUGGGCUCACGACGACCGUCUGCGGUCGAACACAACAUCGCCAUCAGAGACCGGGCGUCCUCAGUUGCGAUCCAGGUCGCCGAGCAGCAAAGUUGGCUUGAGAAGACUUUGAAACCAACCAAAAUCUCGGCUAGAUAUCCCAUCACGGGCUCAGCACUUCUUUAUGCAACAUGCGGAUUUGGAAGCUUGGGAGAUGCUCUCUUCGGUUACAACUCCGGUAUAAUGUCUGGUUUGCUUGUAAACCCAGUAUUUAUCACACGAUUCUUCUCCGACUAUGGUGGAGCUGAUGGCACAACUUCGUCCAUCAACCCAUCCAUCACCGGCAUAUCGGUCGCGUGCCUGCAAGCCUCUGCGGCCGUGGGCGCAUUGAUCGCCGGUAGACUUGGAGACAUUAUGGGUCGCAAGAGAUGUGUCCGCAUCGGAGCAUUUAUCUACUUCUUCAGUGCAUUCAUUCAGAUCUUCGCCGCCAAUUUCGCCACCUUCGUCGCUGGGCGCACUAUCCAAGGAGUGGGCGUGGGCUUCCUCUCGAUGACCGUGCCGAUUAUCCAAACCGAAAUAGCCAAACCUCACAGGCGAGGGAUGAUGGUUGGUAUCGAGUAUACCUUUCUCAUUGCUGGAUAUAUGCUGUCGUGCUGGGUCGAUUAUGGAUUCAACUUCAUGCUUCCGGACAAGAUGUCCUGGCAAGGUCCCUUCAUCGUUCAGAUCAUCUUGUCCUUCGUCUUGUUCACCAUGUCAUUCUUCUUGCCUGAAACUCCUAGAUGGUUGGCAAAGAAUGGAUUCAUGAAGGAAGCUCUCCAGACAGUUGCAGACCUCCACUCAAACGGAGAUACCCAGGCGAAGCAUGUGCAGGAAGUCUUCGUGGAGAUUCAAGAGGCCGUCAUCUAUGAAACCAACCUUGGAAAAUCUGGCUGGCUGGAGAUGUUUACCAGAUACCGUAAGCGGACCAUCGUUGGAAUCACCGUUCAGAUGUUCGCCCAACUCAACGGCAUCAACAUAAUUUCAUUCUAUUUGCCCAGCACCCUGGCAGCCGCGGGCUUUGAUGAACGAAAGUCACUUCUAUUCACUGCUGCUAACGCGAUCCCUUACACGGCCGCCACUGUGGUUACCUGGUGGCUCGCUGACCGCUGGGGCCGUAAGCCCUUGUUGCUUCUGGGAGGUAUCGCUAUGGCUAUAUUGUUAGCGGUCGUUUGCGCUUUCACGGAGGCCGAGAUGGCGUCGCAGACUAAAGCUAAUGGUCAAUACGCCUUUGUUAUGCUCUACAAUAUAGUGUACGGUUUCACGUGGGGUCCUAUGCCUUGGCUUUUGCCGGCCGAGUGCUUUCCGUUAAGAGCACGUAGCAAAGGAAUGGCGCUGGCGACGACUUCGAACUGGAUCUUCAACUUCAUCAUCGGCAUGGUUUCGCCCGAUGCCUUCGCGGGAAUCGGCGGAUAUUUCUACCUCGUGAUAGCCGGAUUCUGCCUCUUCUCUGCGGGGCUGUCGCAUUUCUACUAUGUGGAAACCGCCGGCAUAACACUGGAAGAGAUCGCGGUCGCGUUUGGAGACCAGGCAUUCGCCGACGGUGAUACCGAGGUCAUGGAAAUCGUCCAGUUGAAGGAUUCCAACAGGAGAAGCUCCGUCGCGCCCAGCCAGAAGUAA